AUGGACCAACCGCAGCUGGAAAAUCCACUAGCAGAAGACUACCUUCCGCGCCACAGAGAUUCGGCCCUAGCAUUGGCGCGGCCAGAGUCUUCCUUUCUGGACUUUUUCAAACAGUCUCUCAUCUAUGCCAGCCCUUACUGUACCGAGCCUGGCUGCUGCACGUUCUUCGGUAGACCUGCAGGUCCAGAAGACUCGAGGGAAAGAACGGCCUUACCCGGACGAAAUCGAACCUUGCACGAGGCACAGGGCGGUGUUGAGGUGACAUAUCCGCUGGCGUUGUUUGAAGAACUAAAAGAUUUGCCUUCGCUGGAAGUUUUGCAGACUCUUCGAGACGAAUUCCAGACAAGAUUCCUCACUUCGGUACCGUUUCUGGCCGAGAUCUCCUGUAUGACAUUGGAUUGCAGAGAAACCCCGCCCUAUCUUUUACUACCUCAGGCACUUUUAGGAGCUUCUGUGUCGAGAGACCCACAACAUGAGUCUAUAAUCGAGAAACUCUGGCGUGCCAGCACAGCUUUGAUGAUAGGAACCGUAGAGGUCGACAACAGGCUCGGGAGGAUGGUCGCGUGGCACACUGCAGGAUAUCUCAUCGUUGCUUUUGGUAUGAUGCAAUCAAACGGUCGCAUCUGGUGCCAUACAGAAAUCGUCAAUGGCGUGUCGCAAUCGACUCUAUACCGUGCUGGCUUUCUCACGAAUCCCAAGUCGAAUCGAACGGCAAACCGAGUUUUGCAGAGCCCGGUCGAGCCCGACGCAUCCAACUUGAAGAAAUUUUGCUUCAUCGUCGACACGCUGAGAUCGACACAUCUGCAAACACCCUCGACAGUUGAGACCACCUGGUCGGUCUGUGUUGGUUCUCAAGCUGAGUACGACUUCCGGGGACUGUGCGACUCCCUAGUCGUGGAUGGACGCCUCUUGCCUCCUGAACUUCCUAAUCGCGACUACCUUCUCAUCCUCUUCGACAUAAUUUCCGAUAUCAAUGUCCUUUUUUGUGCGAUAGGGCCCCUCACUGCUUGCUGCAUGUCAAUUCGUGAGGCGAGCAAGCAGAAGAGCCAUCAGAGCCAAGCUGGGCUUGAAAAUAUCAUACCACCGCCACUGAUCUCUCAGAUUGAAUCGACAGCGGCUGAUUAUAGCCAAUAUCUUCCUUUGGCCGCAGAUCACGAGUUUCACCGUGUCCGAGCCAGAUUAAUGUGCGCCCUGGAAGUAUGGCAAACUUCGUUCAGUGCCCGGGAUGCUCGGCUAUCGAAUGAUGGCUGGGUGGAUGCAUCGUCCCUUUUACCGCUGUUCCACUUUGCUCGACUUCUUCUCGUGGCCGGGCCGGGUGUCUACAAUCUUCCGUCACUUGCCGGUUACACGCCAGAGGAGAAUGGCGAACUUCUUGCGAGGCCUCAGCAACCUCGUGUCCCGCAUACGUUGGGGUUGCGAUUCCCUCAAUCAACACUCGAUGUUGUCAUGGAACUCCUGGAAAGUGUAGAGUCUGACUCCGCCAGGCGCUCAGGCACUGCUCGUGAAAUACAACGUCCUUGCCGGCCUAUGUGGUAUCCUCUCGUGCUCUUCUACGGUGCCUUGGUUGCAUGGAGUCACAUGUCUGCUGCAAAUGUUCGGCUUUGA